AAUACUCAUAGCGAUUUGAAAUUAUCGAUUAUUAGGUCUAAGAAAUGUGCUUUUAGUAUUGUCGAUAGUUUUGCUGCAGUAAUCCAUAUUGUUUAAUCGGGGUAGUCACAUGUAACGCUAAAAAUAAUUUACGUGAUUUUUUCCUUGCAAAAGGUAUUUAUAACUCCAAAGGAAUAUUUUCGACUUCGAACCAUGCAUUUUUAUCAUACUCCCCUUUCUGCACCCUGUCGAGCUGUAACAAUGACGGCCAAAGCUUUGGGCCUACAACUCAACGAAAUAUUUGUGGAUCUUCAAAGUGGAGCCCAAUUCCAGCCAGAGUUCUUAAAGAUUAAUCCUCAACACUGCGUUCCAACUUUGGUCGAUGGUGAUUUGAGAUUGUGGGAGUCUCGUGCCAUAAUGAUUUAUUUGGUAGAGCAGUACGGCCGUAAGGAUGAUCCUUUAUACCCCAGCUGUCCCAAGAAACGUGGCCUCAUAAAUCAGCGUUUAUACUUUGAUGCGGAUUCCUUGUACAAAAAUUUUGCCGAAUACUUUUAUUCUCAGAUAUUCUAUAAGAAGCCAGCAAAUGCAGAGUUAUACCAGAAAUUGCAAAGCUCAUUGGAGUUUUUGAAUAUUUUCCUAUCACAUUCGGAAUAUGUGGCUGGAGAUAACUUGACUUUGGCCGAUUUGUCUAUAUUGGCUACAGUUACAACCAUUGAUAUGGGUCAAAUUGAUUUGGUAAAAUAUGCAAAUAUCAACAGAUGGUACCAGAGCAUAAGGCAUACAGCGCCAGGGGCUGCCGAAAACUGGGCUGGAGUUUUGGGUUAUAAGAAAUUCAUUGAUAAUACCACCAACUAUAAUGUGUUUAAUAAUUGAAGUAAUGCAUUUGCACAUUCUUGAUAAA